AUGUCCACACGCAUUACAGAGUUGGCUACACGUAUAGCCGUAAAUACGGCUAAGGUUGAUGAUUACUUGGCAGCAAAUUCUCUGCCUGCUCCUUUGUUCGACAUCGAUGCACCUGUGCAGUCGCAGAUCCCCAACGCUGAGCUCGACAUCGCGGCUGCGCGUCAAGCAGUCAUUCACGAUGCGGAAGAGUUGCGCCAACUCAUGCUCGGUCCGCGCGAACAGCUGUUCAGCUACAGACCUAAUCAUCUCCUUAGCCAACUGGUCAUCGUGCGCUUCGGGCUAGCCAGUCUCAUUCCCAUCGACGGCGAGGCAACCUUCGCCGGCCUCAUCGCCGCAGCUGGCCUGGGCGAGGCGCAUGUGCGUAAGAUCGUACGCCAUGCCAUGACCCAGCACAUCUUCUGCGAGCCGCGCCCGGGCGUCGUCGCCCAUACUGCCAUCUCGCGACUCCUAGCCGAAGAUGCCGACGUGGCCGCAUGGGCCCGCUGGAGCGCUGACGACUGCUGGCUUGCGGCCUACUACACGUGCGAAGCCAUGGCACGCUGGCCGGCGUCCGAGGAGCCGAACGAGACCGGCUUCGCCCUCGCCAACGAUACGAACCUCGGUAUGUUCGACUUCCUUGCCGCCCAUCCGGAACCCGCCGCCCGAAUCGCCGCUGGCAUGCGACUCUACGCCGCGCGCCCGGAUCUCGACGUCCGCCACCUUGUCGACGCCUGGGCCUGGGGCGAUCUUCCCACCGGCGCGACCGUGGUCGACGUGGGCGGAUCGCAUGGCGAGGCAGCGUUGGCGCUGGCGCGCGCAUUUCCCUCGCUCAAGCUGGUGGUUCAGGACAUCGACGCGCUGACGAUCCGUGCUGCCGAUGCGAGCAAGCCAGCCGAUGGGGGCAGUCGCGUGCGUUUCAUGACGCACGAUUUCUUCAUCGAACAGCCUGUAGUCGGGGCUGACGCGCUGAUUCCGGCUUUGAAGCCUGGGGCGCGUGUGAUCCUUAACGACGUCGUCGUGCCGGGACCCGGGGAUUCAACGGCGGGCUCGGCGGCGGCCAUCCGGAGUGACGAUCUCAACAUGACGAUGCUGUUUAACGCGAGCGAUCGCGAGAUGACGGGCUGGGCGCGCCUUUUUGAAGUAGCGAGUCUGGGAUUUCACUUUGAGGGUGGCAGACAACCCCCGGGUUCGGGACUGUGGGUUAUGGUGGCUGAGUGGAAGGGUGUCUGA